UGUAAAUAACAAUCACGAUUGGUCUAUAAUAAUAUGUAUAACCUAAAUCGGGUGUAAAUGAACAUCUACUUGCACACGAAGACGCUCCCAUCGGUUGAUAUAAAAGAGAAAUAUGUGUGUGGGAUACUGGAGAAGCAUUUAUGAGUAGGGCCGUAGAUGAAAACAAUAUGAAUUGAACAAUUGGGGUUUUGUAAUUAAAUAGGAAAGCAGUAUGACUAAAUGAGGCACGACCCAUGCAUCUUACAUGUGCUCCACAUACCACUUCCGGGCCUUGCUUUCCCUAAUACUGAUUCAUCCCCAUGGUCAGUCCAUUCUCAUUGCAUUAAUUUCUUUCAGUGUCAUACUCAUGCCCCUAAACUAUGAAAAAUAAAAACAUAUUUUUCAUUAUUACUUACUUUGCUUCAACAUCCAAAAACUAUAAGAUCAUAAUGGUAACAUCACUACGGACCACUCUUGUGAGUAAACUUAUAUUGAACGAUUAAAUACACAUAUUCAGUUAUAACUAAAUACAUUUUUGGGGGUCAAAGUUGUUACCAAAUACUUAAGUUAGUGGUUAAACAGGCGAGAAAAACGACGUCUAGAUUAUAUCUUAAUAAACUUGUAGUCAUUUGUCAAGAGAGAAGACGCAAGGCAGGUGGCCUUGAAGAAAUACUAAGAUAAUUCUCAGCCACAAAAAAAAGAGAGUAGUAUGCGCAGCUACAUAUGAUUGACGAUAAUUCUCUUAAGUGACGCUACUUUUUCAAGCAAUUAGAGUAGCUCCCCCUAUUCGUAACAUCAGCUACUUACAAGUUAUGUGCUAAGAUAAAACUUACUAGAUAUACACAUGGUAUCUAUAAUAAUGCACAUCCUCCUCAUCGUACACAUGCUUAUCAUCGACCUGCAGGGACACCAAUUGCAUACGCCUUAAGCUGAGGAGAGAACUAAAACUGGAGGAUCCGCUAGAUACUUCGUUGGAUAGGAGAUCAUCACCAUUCACCAACGUGAUUCAUAUUGUCAAACACUGUCAAAGCACGUUAUGUACCACUGCUUUGUUUUGGUACUAGGAACUAAUUACUCUGCGCAAGGGUGUAAUUUGUUUAUUAUUAUUAUUUGUUGUAAAAUGGCUUGUUUAUUUAAUUUUGUUUUUAAUAUUUUAUACUGGUUUAAUAUACUAAAAUUAAUAUCAAUGAUGUAUUUCAUAUAAAAAUAGUUUCAUAGAAAUUAUAUGAUAAUUUUUUAUUUUUUAAAAUAUAAUUCUUACGAGUAUCAUCACAUUAUCAUCAAUGUCUUCAAGCAAAUCUGGCCUGAUCUUAAUAUUGCAAUUUCAACCGAUAGUUCCAAUAAAGAUAAAUCAUAUACUAUUAUAUAUUUACCCUAGUUAAUCUCUAUUAUAAUCUAAUAUAAGUAAAUAUAAUUCUAGAAUAAUGACACCAGCUAUUUUAUCAUAUGCAUGGUUACACUCAGGGCCGUCCCUGACAGGUGUUCACAUAUAUUGACAAAGUUCAAAAAUUUAACCUUAGAUAAAUAUACUAUACGUAUUAUAAGAAAUCGGUUGAAUAAUUUUAUUGUGUGUUUGGAAACAAAAUGUGAAUAUUUUCCAUUAAGAUACAAAAUAGAGAAAAGUAAAUGUAAUGGAUCUUUAAAUACAAAAAUUAAAACUGGAGUUUCUAUUUUUAAAUUCAAAACAAAAAGAUAAGUAAAUGCAACUUGCUUAAUCUUGUUUUGCAGAUUCACAAACAACUAAGCCUUGGAGUUAUGUUUCCUAACACAAGAUGACAUAUUCAUCAUUUAAACAUUUUUUAAAAGAGAAAGUGUAAACUGAAACGGACAGAAGUUAAGAUAAAAUUGCCAAAUAAUGAGAUUAAUUGAUCAUUUGAAAUUAUAGAUAAACGGUAAUAGAGAAUUAUAUGAAUGGAAAUGGAAAGCAGAAAAGUAAUUAGCCGUAAAUCUUGAGUGAAUCUCCUUUAAAGAAUCGAAGGCAUAAGGCAAAAAAUACUCUAAAUAAGCCGUUUACUUGAAUGUACUUGCUAAACUUGGGAUUCUCUACCAUAAUUAUGAAGAUUUUCAGACAUUAAUGAUUUACCCUAAUGAAGAAUAAAUAGAACCAACUCGUGUUCCUCUCACAUCUCAUUAUUCACAAACAAACACAAACCUCAAAAGAAAACUUAUUUUGUUCCUUUGACCAUGGAAUUCAACCUCACUACAUCAUGUUCCUCCAACAGUAUCUCAUCGUCUUCGAAUGAGAUGGGGUUUUCAACCGAUACCAAAGGGAAAAUGAAAGAGAAGAUUGCGAUUGAGCCAGAGUUUCGCUUCUUGUUAAACAAAGACAGCAUAAGAAACUCUAGUUUAGGAGUUUUAAAAGAGGCAGAAGGGAUGAAGAACGAGGCUAAAGCGAGGGUGUUUGGUUGCACCUUCUGCGAGAAAGAGUUCUCUACGUCUCAAGCCUUAGGAGGACACCAGAACGCUCACAAGCAAGAGCGAUCAUUGGCCAAAAGGCAUAAAGAGAUGGAUAUGAACGAUCCUGGGCUCUCCUUCUACAGCCAGUACCCACCAAGUGGUGAUUUCUUCAGCAGUAGCAACCGCUCGCAGUAUGGUCUUGGGGUUCGUUACAAUCCCAACAUUGGUAAAUCGAAGGCUUAUCCCUUCAACAUCUUCCGAUGUCGAUUAGGAUAUAGAGAGCAUAACAUAAAUUCCCAUAUCCCUCUCCUGUCUCACCUCUCGUGCCAAAACACUGACGUUUUUUCCAAAAAUUUGAUUUCAAACCUAGAAGGCAGCAUUCAUAUGUAUAAGGAGGAACAAGGCCGGAAACAAGAACAAGCAGAGACUGAUACUUGCAAGGAUACUGAGAUAGACUUGUCUCUGAAGCUGUAGAUUGCUUUCAUAUAUUUUCUUUUUCUUUUAUUAGUUG